CCUUUUUCUCCAAAAUACCUGAGUUCCCCCGCAAGAUUCUUCAAAAAAUAUUUCAAAAUCCCUCGCUCUUCUUCGCCUAUAAAUUUCCACUCUUUCCUUCUCCAAUUUCUUCAUCAGAAAAGCCUUUCUUCAAGAGUCCUAAAAUCUGUCAAUUUCCCUAAUUACCCUUCCAAAAUGCCUUCAAUUCCAGAAGAGCCAUUGCUUGCCUCGAACCCAGACCGGUUCUGCAUGUUCCCUAUCCAAUACCCACAAAUAUGGGAAAUGUACAAGAAAGCUGAAGCCUCCUUUUGGACCGCCGAGGAAGUCGAUCUCUCUUCCGAUCUCCGCCACUGGGAAACUCUUACCGCAGACGAACGCCACUUCAUCACUCAUGUCCUAGCCUUUUUCGCCGCCUCCGAUGGCAUCGUCCUGGAAAAUCUAGCCGUUCGGUUCAUGAAAGAGGUCCAAAUUGCCGAGGCGCGUGCUUUCUAUGGCUUCCAAAUCGCCAUUGAAAAUAUCCACUCCGAGAUGUAUAGUCUCCUCCUCGAAACUUACAUCAAAGACUCCAACGAAAAAAACCGGCUGUUCCACGCCAUCGAAACUGUGCCGUGUGUGGCUAAAAAAGCCGAGUGGGCUUUGAGAUGGAUCGACGGCGGUGAAACUUUCGCCGAACGGUUAAUCGCGUUUGCUUGCGUCGAAGGCAUCUUCUUCUCUGGAAGCUUCUGCGCUAUAUUUUGGUUAAAAAAGCGAGGGUUGAUGCCGGGAUUAACAUUCUCAAACGAGUUAAUCUCACGAGAUGAAGGUCUCCACUGCGAUUUUGCUUGCUUGUUGUACUCUCUCCUCCGAUCAAAGCUUAGUGAAGAACGCGUGAGAGGGAUUGUAAGGGAUGCGGUGGAUAUAGAAAGGGAGUUUGUAUGCGACGCUCUGCCAUGCGCGUUGGUUGGGAUGAAUGGUGAGUUGAUGAGUCAGUACAUUGAGUUCGUUGCAGAUCGGUUGUUGGGAGCGUUAGGGUACGGCAAGAUGUACAACGUGGCAAACCCUUUUGAUUGGAUGGAAUUGAUUUCGUUGCAAGGGAAAACCAAUUUCUUCGAGAAAAGAGUUGGAGAGUACCAGAAAGCGGCGGUCAUGUCGAGUUUGAAUGGAAAUGGUGGGACUCAUGAGUUCAAGAUGGAUGAAGAUUUUUAAGCUUUUUUUCUGUUUUUGGUCAUCUAAUUUGUUUGGUUUUGUAUUUUAUUUUUUAUUUUUUAAUGUCUCCUGUUUGGUAAAUGAAUUAAAAAAAAAGUUAUAAAUCUGGUUAUUCCCUGAGGAUUAAUUCCGGAUUCAACCAGCAACAUUAUUAAGAAGAUUAGAUACUUCUCCUUCAUAUUCCAAACAAAAGAAAAAAAACCUAUUUUUGUUUCUCUGGGAUAGAGAGAAUAGCGAACCUCUGGAUUCCACCUAUUGCCGUCCUUCGUGACGGUGCUUAUGCCUGUUGGUUAUAAGGUGACUGUUUACCCACAAGUAGUACAGCCUGAGAAUCCCAACAACUAUAAAGCAAGCAAGAGGGAGUACUGCAGGCCACGCCGUGAGCGCAGAAAGGCAAGGAAGGUUGGAAUUCUUGCUCAACCAGAACCAUUGCUUGCUUCCGCUGCUGAUGGCAAUCCUGUUUGUUGAUUGAAUCUAUUGUGUAAAUAAACUGAGCUUUUGACAAAUUAUUUGUUAACAUGUUUAAUUUUUAUUUAUUUAUUAAAUUU